AUGGUGUGGCCGUUUUCCAAGAAGAAAAGCGAGGAGGAAAAGCAGGUGGCCCAAGGUACCACGACGACAAGCUUAAGCGAUGCAGGUGCAGAUGCAAAGAACGAACUGACGAACUACUCCAAGGGACAGAAGUUUUUGCUUGAGGACACGAAGCCACGGUUUAGCAGUGAGAGUAGCAGCGUUGCAGCGCGAGAACAGGAGCGUGCGUCGCUAAAAGAGGCGUGGGAUACGAUAAAUUUCAGCGAUGUUACGGUGAGCAAAGUGCUUUCAAUUCCGUGCUUUAGAGACGCAGGGAUUGGAGGGUUCACCUCGAUGUUUGUUGUGGGAUCGGUGAUGUUUUUGUACCACAAGAAUCCGGCGCGUGCGGCCAAUUGGGGUGUCGGAGGCUUCAUGCUCGGGUCUAUUGUUGGUUGGGAGCAGUGUCGGAUGCGCCGCAGGCGCAGUUUCCAGAUCGCUGCGAUGGCCAAGCAGACUGUUGCUGCCAAGGAGAAGCCCAUGCUCCACCCAGUCAAGAACAUCGACUUUGUCAAAGCCGAGUGGGACGAGCGCAACAAACAGGCCAAGCCGUGGUACAAGUUCUGGUGA